AUGUACUCCAGGAGGUACCUCAAUCUCCCUUUCUCUCCUCGCACCACAGUUUUCUCACUCCAACACCCUCCGCUACUUCUUCACUUCAAAAUGGUUCACCUCACAACCGUCAACACGCCCCCAGACUCUGGCUCUACCUCCGGCGCCGAGGACUCGUCCGCCACCAGCCUCCGCCAGGUCCAGCAGCAGCUCAAGAAAGUCCAGCUCCAGCUCGCUGACCACGAUGACUGCUACACCACGAGCGUCUAUGGCUCUCGCUUCGCCAACCAGGAUCUUCCCAAGAGCGAGAUGCCCGAGAGCGAGAUGCCCAAGGAGGUCGCCUACCGCAUGAUCAAAGACGAGCUCAGUCUCGACGGUAACCCCAUGCUCAACCUGGCUUCCUUUGUGACAACUUACAUGGAAGAAGAAGCCGAGAAGCUCAUGGCCGAGAGCUUCAGCAAGAACUUCAUCGACUACGAAGAAUACCCCGCCUCAGCAGACAUCCAGAACCGCUGCGUCUCCAUGAUUGGCAAGCUCUUCCACGCCGACGUUGGCGCGGGCGAAGGCGUAGGCGCCGUUGGCACCUCAUGCGUCGGCUCCUCUGAGGCCAUCAUGCUCGCCGUCCUCGCCAUGAAGAAGCGCUGGAAGAACAAGCGCCAGGCCGAGGGCAAGUCCACUGAGCACCCCAACAUUGUCAUGUCCUCCGCCGUCCAGGUCUGCUGGGAAAAGGCCGCCCGCUACUUCGAGGUCGAGGAGAAGCUCGUCUACUGCGCGCCUGACCGCUACGUCAUUGAUCCCAAGGAGACGGUCGACCUUAUUGACGAGAAUACCAUUGGUAUCUGCGCCAUCCUGGGUACCACCUACACGGGCGAGUACGAAGACGUCAAGGCUGUCAAUGACUUGCUGAUCGAGAAGAACCUCGAUGUGCCUAUCCACGUUGAUGCUGCCAGCGGAGGUUUCGUCGCUCCCUUUGUCGUUCCUGAUCUUGAGUGGGAUUUCCGCCUCAAGAAUGUCGUCUCCAUAAAUGUCUCCGGUCACAAGUACGGCCUCGUCUAUCCCGGUGUGGGCUGGGUUGUCUGGCGCUCUGCCGAGUUUCUCCCCCAGGAACUCGUCUUCAACAUCAACUACCUCGGCGCAGACCAGGCCUCCUUCACCCUCAACUUCUCAAAGGGCGCCUCACAAGUUAUCGGUCAAUACUACCAGCUCAUUCGUCUAGGCAAGAAGGGCUACCGCGCCAUCAUGUCAAACCUCACCCGCACCGCAGACUACCUCUCCCAGUCCCUCGAGGUCCUCGGCUUCCGUAUCAUGUCCAAGCGCUCCGGCGAGGGUCUCCCCCUUGUCGCCUUCCGCCUUCCCGAAGUCCCCGCCGGCGCCGAGGGUGAGCCGGGCGUCCGCCACUACGACGAGUUUGCGCUCGCCCACCAGCUACGUGUCCGUGGCUGGGUCGUGCCCGCCUACACCAUGGCGCCCAAGACCGACGACCUCAAGAUGCUUCGCGUCGUCGUCCGUGAGGACUUUUCCAAGUCGCGCUGUGACGCCCUCAUCACCGAUAUCAAGCUCUGCAUGGGCCUGCUCGAGCAGAUGGACCAGGACGGUGUCAAGAGGCAACAGGAGUACAUCAACAAGCACCACCUCACCAGCUCGAAGUCAACCCACAACCAUCCAAAGUUCAGAGUUUGUCCCCAAAACCCCCGGGUCCCGCGCGAACCCACCCAGGAUGAGAUUUCACUAACCAUACCGUGUCUGAACAGAAGGAAAAGCAUUCCCUACAGGGUAAGACUGGCAAAACGCAUGCCAUCUGCUAAGCCCUUCCGCGGUUGUUGUCAUAAAGACGCAAACUACUUACGGCACGAAAUAAACGAUUGA